AGCAUCAGUAUGAGAAAUCACACAGCAGUAACAGAGUUUAUUCUACUGGGAUUGACCGAUGACCCACAGUGGCAGGUUGUACUGUUUACAUUUCUUCUUGUCACAUACAUGCUAAGUGUGACUGGAAACCUGAUCAUUAUCGCCCUCACACUCUCUGAUCCCCAUCUCCAGACUCCUAUGUAUUUCUUCCUUCGGAACUUCUCCUUCCUAGAAAUAUCAUACACUUCUGUUUGCAUUCCCAGGUUCCUUGUCACCAUUGUAACAGGGGACAAGACAAUCUCCUAUAAUGGUUGUGUGGCUCAGCUAUUCUUUUUCUUCUUAUCAGGAGUGACAGAGUUUUACUUGCUGGCUGCCAUGUCCUAUGACCGCUAUGUGGCCAUCUGCAAACCGCUGCAUUACAUGACUAUCAUGAGCCCCAAAGUCUGCAGCCUGCUUGUCUUUAGUUCUUGGCUAGCAGGCUUCCUGAUCAUCUUUCCAGCCACAAUGCUGCUGCUCCAGUUGGAUUUCUGUGCCUCCAACAUAAUUGAUCAUUUUGUCUGUGACUCUUCUCCAGUGCUGCAGCUGUCUUGCACCAACACUCACUUUCUAGAACUCAUGGCAUUUGUUUUUGCUGUUGUAACACUCAUGGUCACUUUGACACUAGUAAUUACCUCCUAUACAAAAAUCAUUCGGACCAUUCUGAGGAUUCCUUCCACAAGUCAAAGGAAAAAAGCCUUUUCUACCUGUUCCUCCCACAUGAUUGUUGUCUCCCUCUCUUAUGGCAGCUGCAUCUUCAUGUACAUCAAGCCUUCUGCGAGGGAAAGGGUGACAUUGAGUAAAGGAAUAGCUGUGCUCAAUACCUCUGUGGCUCCCCUCUUGAAUCCGUUCAUAUACACACUGCGGAAUCAGCAAGUGAAACAAGCCUUCAGGAGCAUGGUCCAGAGGGUGGCCUUCUCUUCAAAUAAAUGA